GUCGCGGACCCGCGCGCCGGACCCCCGGGAUGAGCCGCUACGUGCUGCCGCUGUCGGUGCUGGGCACGGCGGUGGGCGGCGCCGUGCUGCUCAAGGACUAUGUGGCUGGCGGAGCGUGCCCCAGCAAGGCCACCAUCCCCGGGAAGACGGUGAUCGUGACUGGCGCCAACACUGGCAUCGGGAAGCAGACCGCCCUGGAGCUGGCCAGAAGAGGAGGCAGGGUCAUCCUGGCAUGUCGGGACAAGGAGAAGUGUGAGGCAGCGGCCAAGGACAUCCGUGGGGAGACCCUCAACCACCGCGUCACCGCCCACCACCUGGACCUGGCUUCCCUCAAGUCUGUCCGCGAGUUUGCUGCGAGGAUCGUGGAAGAGGAGGAGCGAGUGGACAUUCUCAUCAACAAUGCUGCUGUGAUGCGCUGCCCACACUGGACCACUGAGGAUGGCUUUGAGAUGCAGUUUGGGGUCAACCACCUGGGUCACUUCCUCCUGACGAAUUUGCUGCUGGACAAGCUGAAGGCCUCGGCCCCCUCGCGAAUCAUCAACCUCUCAUCCCUGGCCCAUGUGGCUGGACACAUUGACUUUGAUGACCUGAACUGGCAGGCGCGGAGGUAUGACACCAAAGCUGCCUACUGUCAGAGCAAGCUGGCUGUGGUCCUCUUCACUAAGGAAUUGAGCCGCCGGCUGCAAGGCACAGGUGUGACCGCCAAUGCCCUGCAUCCUGGCGUGGCCAGGACAGAGCUGGGCCGACACACAGGCAUGCACAACUCCGCCUUCUCCAGCCUCACACUUGGGCCCAUCUUCUGGCUGCUGGUCAAGAGCCCCCAGCUGGCGGCCCAACCUAGCACAUACCUAGCGGUGGCAGAGGAACUCGAGGGGGUUUCUGGAAAGUACUUCGAUGGACUUCGAGAGAAGGCUGCAGCCCCUGAGGCUGAGGAUGAGGAGGUGGCCCUCAGGCUCUGGGCUGAGAGUGCUCGUCUGGUGGGCUUGGAGGCAUCUGGUGAAUCCUUGGUGAAGGGACAGUCCACCACCAAGUGACCUCUGGAGCAGAAGUGAAAGGCACCAGGGUGUCCAGGAUGGAGAUGCAAGAACUAGGACUGCUGCUGGCCGUGCACCACUCCUCCACGAGGGGGCAGAGCCAACCACAGGUGCCCUGUGAGACCAGGGAGUGCUGGCUGCCUGUUCUGAAGUGCCCUCCAGGGGGCAGUGCUGAACCCACAUGGCCCUGGGAGGAAGACAUGCAGCUGCCAUGCCCUCGUCCUGCAGGGCAGUGCUGACCAUGUGCCUUUGUGGGGAGAGCUGGGAGAGCCAGGAGUGCCGUGCCCUCCUCGUCCUGCAGGGGGCAGUGUGUGUGUGUGUGUGUGUGGAGAGCUGAGACUGUUGGUUUCCUCUGCUCCGCCUGGGUGGGGGAUGCUGGGAGUCCUUGGUGGCAGUAUCCCUGGGGACCCUGUGCGUGUCUCUCCCUCUGCAAGCCUUGGUCUUUCCCAGCUACGGAGCUCACGGUCUCUUCUCGGUCACAGGAAGUGGCAGCUACAGAUGGCUGGCCAGUGUUCCCUGAACACAGCCCUUGUGCCAGCCCUGGCCAGGUGUCGGGAUCUGUGGGGCCCUGGCAGGCCGCCGGGCCCUCCCUAUCCUGCUGACGGCCUGGGGGUGUGACCCCCGCUUCUGCUUCCUGGGGUUUGGGGUGAGGAAGUGCCUCCUUUGGGCCUGAGCCAAAACUACACACACUUGCUUCUUUCUAGGAAAUUUUAAAAAUCUUAAAAAUGCUGACCAAAAUUAUUUGUGAAGUAACUGAAAGAGGCAGGGCUGGG